AUGUCGCCAUGGCCUUACCGGUUUAUCAUGUCGGUCUCCGAGGAGGAGCUACAGCGCCGACGUGAGGUGCUUGAUCUCAAGGGGCAGUACGCUCAGAUCUCCGCGUUGACGGUGCUUGGUUUGUUGAGCAUACUGAAACUUCGUGGCAACAACAAUUCAAGUUCUAAGCAUGCUGCGAAAACCUGGUGGGAUAUGCCAGCGAAGAGGGGCGCAAUCGAGACGCGAAAGCAAUAUGCUGUGACUCUGCUAUGGCUGGCUUGGUUGACUGGUAUCUCCGCAUGGAGUGCUGGCGACGAUUAUAUUCAUUUGACGAAAGCUCUGGGGCAUGUUGGAUUGUCUCAAUUGCCCUUCCUCGUUCUACUUGCGCCUACUUCAUUCAUCUUUACUUCCAGCCUAGCCCUUCCUUCAAUUGUUUCUUCUCUAACCUCAAUUCCGCAAACAACGCUCACGGCAUAUCAUCGUCUACUUGGCCGCUUCGUGAUCGUGCCGCUUGUAUGUGGCCAUGCUGGGCUUUUCCUCAAUUUCUAUUUCCAGGUGGCUCAUCCCGAGUUCGGCAACCUCUUCAACAAACGCGUUCAAGACCAGGACGUCCAAUACGGGUUAGCAGCCACUACAUUUGCAAUCCUUGUCCUGGUUUUUGGCCGUUCGAGACUGUGGAGAUUGCGAAGACCGUUGAACCGGGCCCGCUCAGAAACAAGAGGGCAGCUAUUUUAUAUCGUUCACCUUACUCUUGUCGGGAGCUUUUUCGCGUUGGCCUAUUCGCAUGCUGUUGGCUUGAAGGUGAUUGUUAAUUUGGAGAGGGGCGAUUUUGAUAGAGAGGAAAGAGAGAAGAGCAUAUUCAAUAGCCGUCCGGGUUUGAACCUUGGGUGUUUCAUGGAGCGUAACGCAGAGAUGAGAGUUUCACGGCUCGUCUCGCUGUUGGCGAUCCUUACGGUCGCCGGCCUCACAAUCCUCCUCCUUCGAGACUCGACGCCUUUUCGAGCAGCCCCCGAAGCGCCAUUCGAACAGAGCUUACCUGCGAACUUUGAGACCCUUUUAAGCCCGACCACCGAAGAUUCUCACCCAAUCGCUAGGCUGAUAAACGACGCGAACUUGCAGUUCGACAAGAAGCGCGCAGGGCAGUCGAAAAGCUUGAAGGAAGCUGUGCAGGAAUACCGUCGUCGCUAUGGAAUGCCGCCUCCGCCUCAUUUUGACAAAUGGUUUCAGUUUGCCCAGGAAAAAGGAGUUCAAUUGAUUGACGAAUACGAUACCAUUUACAAUUCUUUGCUUCCUUUCUGGGCGCUGUCCCCGAAGGUCAUUCGCGAAAGGGCGCAGGAAACCCUGGGGUUUGAUAACGCAGUGAUUGGUUUGCUGAUUCGCGAUGGCAAGGUCUCGCUGAUAGAGGGUGGUGGUGAUGGUUACAAAUGGCAGAGAGAAGCCACGGUUGGGAUGAUGGAGGGUUUCAUAAAAUACCUGCCUGACAUGGACUUGGUUUUCAACACCCACGAUGAGCCGCGGGUGGUGAUCCCUAGCGAGGACUUGCAGAGAAUGGUAUCCUAUGCGAAAGAUGUUGCUAUUCCGGCAAAUCUUAACAGUGGUUCCCAUCAAAAGAAGUGGUCGCCAAGGCCAUCCGACGUCAACAAGGGCGAUCGCAUCGAGGAAGUUAGGACAACUCGGUUUAAUAGAUUCGCUCACCAGCCCACGUGGACCCAUUCUCGAAUCUCCUGUCCAGUGGACAGUCCUGCUAGGUCGCUUGAUGAAGAUGUUUCCGACGACAUGACCCCGUUUGCUACAAGCGAUCUUGGUUUCGUAUACAACGCGAGCGCCUUUUCCGAUAUCUGUUUGUCGCCAUCUCUCAAGAGCUCUUUUGGAUUCUUCGAUCGACCAAAUGCCUUCGAUAUAGUUCACGAUUUAUUUCCUGUUUUCUCGCAGAGCAAAAUAUCUAGCUUUCAGGAUAUAUUAUACCCUAGUCCGUGGUACUGGGUCGGAAAAGUUCCCUAUGACGCUAAUCGGGACUUCAACUGGGCAGACAAAAAGGACAAGAUGUACUGGAGAGGCUCAACAACAGGUGGAUUUUCACGAGCCGGGGGGUGGCGGCGGCAGCAUCGGCAAUUAUUUGUCAAGAGGAUGAACUCUCCUGAGGAUGCCCUGGUUUUCGACCAGAUUGAAGACGGCAGAUGGACGCCCAAAGAGGUUGCCCGAGCAGAGUACAGCAAUCUCUUCGAUGUCAAGUUCACAUACGUUGGACAAUGCGAUCCAGAAGACUGCCGAGCCCAACAAGAGUACUUUCAGAUUGCUGAAUCCGCCGGCCAACAGGAUGCUUGGGCUUACAAGUAUCUUGUUGACGUUGAUGGCAAUGCAUUCAGUGGGCGAUACCAUGCUUUCCUACGCAGUAACAGCUUGAUUUACAAGCUGGCAAUGUUCCGUGAGUGGCAUGAUGAGUGGCUUGAAGCAUGGGUGCAUUAUGUACCCUUGAGCUUGAAGGGCACCGAGUAUGUGGAGAGUGUCCGCUAUUUUGCUGCUGAGGAAGAUGGGAAGAUUCAAGCACCACGACUGGCGAAACAGGGCAAGGAAUGGGCAGAGAAAGUUCUCCGUAAGGAGGACCUCGAAGCCUGGCUUUUCCGAUUGCUACUCGAGUAUGGACGCCUAGUCGAUGACAAUCGCGAAAACCUCGGCUUCACUCUUUAA